UUUUGUCGGCAUCUCCCGGCGGCGGAAAAAAAAGGAAAAUUUUUCGCACGUAUAAAGUCAAAUUUCCAUCAUCUAAUGAGGUCCAGGCUUCCAGCGCUAAGAGAAGGCCGAAGGACCGACCCAGGUUAAACCCUUUCCAAAACCUUUACGCUUCUGAUCUGCCGCCACUUCGGUCGAGUUUCCAGGCAGGAGAAAUGGGAGGUCCCUUCGAGGGCAACUUCGUCGCCGGUCACGCGGUCGCUGCCUCUGCCGCCGUCGUUCUUUCGUCUUCCAUCGCACAUCCGCUCGACACACUCAAAACCCUCGUCCAGGUGGGUGCCGGGUCUAAACAAAAACUGGGUUUUUCUCAGGUGCUGGACAGAGUGAGAUCGGUCUCUGGGAUUUCAGGCCUUUAUAAUGGUCUAGGCUUGUCAACGAUGGCAAAGUUUUCAGGAACCGGAGCACGUUUUGGAGUUUUUGAAAUAUUAUCGGCCUUUUAUACAGAUGGAAGGGAAGAUACCUAUGUGUAUGUAUCAGAGGCCAUGUUGGCUGGCAUAGCGGCUGGUGCUGUAGAGGCUGUUGUUCGCACCCCAUUUGAACUUCUAAAACACAGGAAACAAACAGCUUCUACGUCAAAAUCCAACAUUCUGAGGACCGUCAAGUCUAUGCCAGACUCUACUUCAAUUAUUUCAAAAUUACUACCAAGAUAUACCCCUGAUGUGAAGGCAUGGAGCAAUACUGUUGGUCUUCUAUCAUCCCUGCCUGCAAAGCAUUCAAACCUGGAUCCUGCAUUGAAGCGAUACCCAUGGUUGUUGACUGGUUCUGGAAGGCCACCGCUUGCAUCCUUUGUCAAUGGACCUUCAGACAUCAUAUCUUUGGAGGGUUGGAAUGCUAUGUGGAGAGGGCUUCGAGCUGGAAUUGCUAGGGACUGUUUUUAUGGUGGCUUUUUCUUCGCAGUAUGGCAAUUCUUACACAUUGGAAUGCUAACCUGGAAAGCUCUUCAUUUGGCACCAUCACCAAGAUCAAUCAAUGAGGUUGGUCCAGUUUCGCCUUUGGCUUCUAGCCUUGCUGCUGGAUUUUCUGGAGCUGUAGCUGCUGCCGCUUCUCAUCCUUUUGACACAGCCAAAACUCAAUCGCAGUGUAUUGUUGUGCCUAAGUACAUAAGCAUGGAAAGGAAGUUCUUAAAAUGGAAAACUUCUGGAAUUUGGAUAGAGAGAGUCACUGGCUUGUCCCCUGCAGAUCGAAACUUGUUGCUUCGCGGUAUUGGAUUGCGAAUGGCCUGCAGUGGUGUUGCAUCAUUUACCCUUGUUGCAAGCUACUUAUUUGCCAUUAAACAACUACUAUAGUUGAUGGCUUGGACCAGAUAUUGAAAAAAAAAUUAUGUCAGAAUAAUCUAAUAUAAAUUAGAUCAGAAUGGGUUGGAUUAUCCUGAAUAUAUUAUACAUAAUAAAUUAUAAAAUCCAUCUGAUUGAAUUGAUCUCAGGAUAUCUUGAAACAAAAUUUUUUCCCGUAUUGAUUCAUUAAAAUCAUCUGCCAUAAAUCUUGAAGAUCACAGAUGCGAAGGUUGGGGUCAAAUCUGUCCUUCGUUAAAUAUAAUUUGUUCCCUGAAGAUCUGUUGAUCCAAGGCCAAGCUGUUUUAGGUUUCUCCAUGAAGUCAGUUUAGAAAAAAUGCUAUCUUUUAACAGGUAGAGUGCGACAGUUGGGGGUAAUCAGCUCUCUACUUUGCUGUAUCAUUCACAUUUUUUGGUGAUAUAAAGAAUGAACAUUAUGAAAUAUUUAGGGAAAAAAUAUUAAUAAAUGAGGCCAUUCCAUAAUAUUGUUAAUUCAUUGUUCUUUUCUUCA